AUGCCGAUUCCUCUCGUACAUAAGGCCCUCGUCUCGCGCUCGGCGGAUUUGGAAGCUUGCGGUGUUUAUUCAGCAUGAUAUCGAACCCCCCCUAGUCGUCGGUCCGCUCGUCGCGUUGUGCAGUUAGCCUCGCUCCGGCGCUAUCCUCCGCCCUACAACCGUGUCCCCCGUCCCUCCCCAACCCCACCGCUCGAAUCCCUCGAACCCCUCGAUGACCGUGCGGAUGAUGGUCCUGAGGUCGAUCCCCAUUGCCUUGUCAUAGAAUGGUCCACGGCCACUAAAUACCAUCAUGGACGAAUUACCCGACCGUUCCCACCAGCGAGGACCGGAGACUGUCGACGUGGCAGCACCAACCGGACAGCACAUACCAGUAUCCCCCCGAAAGAUCGAGCGAGAGGGGGGUGUGAACAAUAGCAGUCAGGACUUGGAAGCCGACAAGCAGCGACGAGGGACGGCCGCAUCAUCACGUCACACGGACGAAGCGGAGGAUCGUGCCAAUGGCACCGGCCAUCUUGUGCGACGUGGAGGAUAUACAACGUCGGUCAUUACGGAUGGUCAAGAUCGGAGCGAUAAGGAGGGGGCUGUCCAUUGUAGCGCCGUCGCCAGCGAUCAUGGCCCGAAGGGGUUUCCCAGCCACCCCACGAUGAACGGCGAACAGAAAGGCGGUCAGCUUUCGCUCUCGUCAGACCAGGCCCUAGGGAUGAUCUUUGAACACUCCGUGGAGGGUACGGCCGGUGCAGAUCAUCGUAUGACACCUAGAACCUCCUUGGUGGAUGUUUUUGAAGGCUCCGAGGUUGUUUCAGCUCUCCAUCGGUGGUCGCGGGACACAUCACCUGCGAAGAACCCAGAUAAAGACCAGGAGCGGGUACAAAGGUUAUCUCCGAGCAAGAUGCAGGAACUCACAUCAUCCCCUCAGUCUAUUCCCUAUCGUGCAGCUCCCUCGGAGCCUGAGCGUGGUCGACGCGCGGUGUCAGAUGGCACGCAUGCAGCCCUCCAGUCGGAACUCGAUCUAUCUGCAACACCUUCCUUGACCGAGACGAAGCCUACCGGCGACGGCAUCCCCAAACCCCGACCCCAUAAAGACCUCUCUAUUGAUGUGCCUGUUAUCACCAGCAAGCCAUCCAUGCCGUCAUUGCGAAGUCGGCCACCGGCCUCUCGAGCCGUGUCUACUCCCAGCUCGCGCCGGCAGACCAUGCCGGCGACGAAUGAACGAUUGACGCAAACAUGGGCAUCUCGAGCAAAGCAAGAGCGUGCAUCGAUUAGCCGAGAGUCAGAUACCAAAUACCUUACACCAUCUCCACAGAUCGUCGAGCCGGCCCUACCGUCUCCUAUGCCUACAGCCAUCCCUCUUCCUCCGUUAUCGGUACCCACGUAUCUGCAACUCGAACUGGCGUCGGGUCGGCCUUCUCCAUUGUACAUCCAUCGCUCUUCAAUGAGCGACUUUCCCUACGAAUCGUCUCGAGUCAAGCUUGAGCGACUAAUGAAUUUUUUAAUGCUGCCUCCGGCGUUGGAGCGGGUGCUUUGGUUCGGUAUACUAGCUUGUCUCGAUUCCUGGCUCCAUUCGUUCACUAUACUACCUCUGCGUUUUACCAAAGCAUUGUAUAUUCUGUUGGAAUCAUGGCUUGUCAACCUCGGCGUGGAGUUUCGUUUUGUGACGGGGUUCAUUUUCAAAGGCGUCGGACGAGUGUGGCGGAGACGGCACCGAGCGUCUUCGGUGGACGAGUCUAUGAAGGGCACUGAAUCGGGACGGUCUGCCUCUGAAAAGCAGGAAAUCGGAUCGGUGGAACGAGAGGCACGGACUCGGGCCCCAGAGCCACGCAAGCGGCACCACAAACAUCGGCGGCAGAAGAGCAUCCCGUCGGCCUUGAUGCCAGAUGACAAGGCCGACAUCCUUAAGGGACUGCUCAUGAUAGCUACAUGUUGCGUGUUGAUGCGAUUCGAUGCGAGUCGAAUGUACCACUGGAUCCGAGGGCAGGCCGCGAUCAAGCUCUACGUUAUCUACAAUGUGCUGGAGGUCAGCGACCGUUUGUUCGCGGCCAUUGGACAAGAUGUGCUCGAGUGUCUGUUCUCGCGGGAGGCUCUCGAGCGUCGCCCUGAUGGACGCAGCAAAGUCUUCCGGCCGUUCGGGCUGUUUUUGCUAGCAUUGGCAUACACAGUGAUCCAUUCUACAGCGCUAUUCUAUCAGGUGAUGACGCUGAAUGUGGCGGUGAACUCGUACUCGAACGCGCUGAUCACCCUGCUGCUCUCGAACCAGUUCGUUGAGAUCAAGUCCACAGUCUUCAAGAAAUUUGAGAAAGAGAAUUUGUUCCAGCUCACCUGCGCGGAUGUCGUUGAGCGGUUCCAACUCUGGUUGAUGCUCACCAUCAUCGCGUCGCGGAACCUGGUGGAGACCGGCGCAUUCAACAUCCUUGGUAGCUUGAGCUCGAGUCUCGGAGCGUACGCAUCCACGGGAACGAACAGCACGCCUCUAUCAACUCCGCCUCGAACCUCCUCAUCCAUCCUGCCACAGGCCUUUACCAUCGUUCCGUCAUCGAUCAUUGCAUCAUUUAGCCAAGUCAACACGUAUUUGCCGACCCUGGCGCAGGUGCUUGGACCGUUCCUGGUUGUUCUGGGGUCGGAGAUGCUAGUGGACUGGCUGAAGCAUGCCUACAUUGGCAAAUUCAACAACACGCGGCCAGCCAUCUACGGACGGUUCCUGGACAUCCUGACGAAGGACUACUACACCAACGCAUUCGCAGACCAAAACUUGACCCGCCGCUUAGGACUGCCAGUGAUUCCGCUGUCUUGCCUCUUCUUCCGCGUUUCAGUCCAGACAUAUCAGAUGUUCAUAACAGCUCUGCUCCCACAACACCCGUCAUCCACAGCAAUAGAGGCUACGUCGUUGUCAGCCAUCCACCGCCAGUACGUGCCGGCUCCGAUGCCCUCGCCGCCCCCGUUGACGCUUCGCACGUUUAUCCCGACAUCCACCGCCUACGCAGGUGCGUUUUUCCGACAGGUGCUCGCCAACGCCAUGCCGUCGCCUGCCCAGUCGGUGUAUAUCUUCACCAUAGUGCUAAUUCUGACCGGCUUUGUCGUGCUGCUGAUCCUGAAGCUGCUAUUGGGCAUGGUUCUUUUGGCGUACGCGCGGUCCCGGUACAAGGCGAUGAAGCUGCGUGAGGCCGAGCAGGCCCGUCCCCCACCGACAGCGCCUACUGGUGACCCUAAUGGAGUGGCACCUCGCGGACGGGCAUUUGCAGUUGAAGGCAGCCGACGGGUGGGGGGCUGGGGCGUGGUGGAGGUCAACGACGACCACCGGCGAUGGAUCUACGCGGACGACCCGGAUGGACUCUGUCGGCUAAAGACGAAGGAAGAAAAGGACAAGAAUACCAAGGAGGACCUGAACAUGGACCAUGUACAGCGAUACGAAAUGGUGGCGAAGCGGAUUUGGUAGAUGUAUGUAUAUUCUAAUAUUAGAUUGUAAAUGCCCGACUGCACACACUGGACGGUUCUGUGCUGGUUGGUGAUGCUGCGUGCAAUGUAUUGUGCCACGCCCAACCGGUU